UGCGAUGUGAAGUCGGUGCAAGCCAUGUAUAUAAGGGGGUUAGUUUUCCUGUCCGUCAUUGCCUGUUUUCGCGCAUCGGGGCUAGAUCUUCGGCGAUGGCUUCCUUUUUACCGAGCAAACGAGGAGGACUCAAGCUUUUAUUCGAUGGGUUCGAAUACGACAAACAACGAGAGAACGGCGACAAGAUCUACUGGCAGUGUAGUCGAAAGCUCGAAUGUAAGGCCCGAGCUCACACCAUCAACGGAGACGUGGUCAAAACGGUGAACGACCAUACACACGGGCCAUCGCUGCUCGAACAAGAGGCGAAAUUUGCUUACGCCGCCAUGAAGGAAAGGUCCCAACAGACGGAAGAAACUAACCAGUGCAUCGUCGGCAAUUUCGUGGAAGCAACGUCUGCGGAGUCACGGUGCUACCUGCCCUCCCAAGCAACCAUGAAAAGAAGUCUGAGGAGACUUCGGGCCCACGAGACACGGCCUCAUCCGUUGCCCUCCCGCCUGCAGGACGUCGUGAUUCCAGACGAAUACGCCGUGAAUAAGGAUGGAGCACCGUUCCUUCUUCAUGAUUCCGGUGCGACUGACGCAGAGCGCUUCAUUGUGUUCUGUAGCCCAGACAUGCUGGCGCUGCUAGGCUCUUCACGGCAGUGGUUUGCAGAUGGGACCUUCAAAGUUGCACCUGCUCUCUUCUACCAGCUGUAUACAGUUCACUGCAAGGUUAACGGCGCGGUCAUCCCUGCAGUGUAUGUUUUGAUGAGGUCUAAAACAGAAGCUGCAUACACUAAGCUGCUCUCGGUUCUAAAGAGCAAGUGUGCCGCUGCUGAUCCUUCCACCGUUCUACUGGACUUCGAACAAGCAGCUAUUAACGCAUUUAGGAGGGUGUUUCCGUCUUGUCAAGCUCUUGGCUGCUUCUUCCAUUUGUGUCAAUGCGUGUACAGGAAGUUGCAAAGCGAGGGUCUUCAAGAGUCGUAUCGGGUCGACGGCGCGUUUAACCUGAUGGCACGCAUGAUCCCCGCAAUUGCUCUCGUACCCGAAGGAGAUGUCUUUGAUGCCUUCGAGGCGUUAUCGACGAUGCCAGGAUUUCCUCCGGAGUUGCUACCGGUCUUGGAUUACUUUGAGGACACUUUCCUGGGACGUCUGACAGCCCGCGGCCGAAGGGAUCCAAGGUUUCCAGCCUCUCUCUGGAACCACCAUGCAACCGUGCUCCGUGGCGAUGCAAAAACAACGAACUCUGUGGAAGCGUGGCAUCGAGGGUUUCAGACCCACGUUCAAUGUCACCAGCCAAGCCUGUGGAAGUUCCUGGCCGUCUUGCAGAAAGAAGACGCCCUGAACCUGCACCGCCUCGAGCGUGUCAUCAUGGGGGUUGAAGAGAAAUCGGCGAAAAAAUAUAGAGACUCCGCUUCUCGGCUUCAGACGCUUGCGGCGCGCUUUGCAAGAGCGGGCAUCAUCGGCUAUCUGAAAGGUGUAGCUAACAAUGUUUCGUUUUAG